CCUUGGGACUUGUCUCCAUCCUUUGGAAGCCGUUGGAAGCACCUCCUCGACAUCAUCAUCAUCCGGGUUUCCAGGUUGGUGAAAUUCUCACAGCAUAAUUCUCCCUAUUCAUCACCUGCUACAGCACCUUAUCCUCUCUAAGCCCUGUGGUUUGUUGCCUUUCAUUCCUUAAUUCACCCUCCUUACGAUACACACCCGUCAUCGAAAUCCGCUCCUACUUGAGCUCUUGCUCUCCGCACAAACAGCUGCAACCGGACCCUCAUUUCUAGUGCAUCGCCAGUUCGCCUCCGAUCCACGGCCACUACCUUACCCUUCAGCCCAGAAUCGACAAAAGGGCUCUUAGUUAAAACGAAGACGUCUGCUCUCCAUGCCUCUUCCUCUAGAUCCGUAGAGCCCCCCUCCCUCCGAAUCCUCUGUUGAGGCCUGGCGCUGGCUAGCUGAUCGCCCGCCGAUACCUUCCCCGCCGAACCGUCAACGAUCUCGUCCAUGAAAUGGCGCCCCAAAAUGGCAAUAUGAAGACUCGCCGAAAUGGCGGGAGCAAGCUCUCUCAGUCCUCCAAGCCUGUCAUGCCUGCUAUCCCACUGCCUUAUGUGAAGCGUCAGGCCGCUUCUGCUGCUGCUCGUGCCAAUGCUGUCCCUGUUUCUUCGACUGCUGCCUCCACCACGAUCCAGGAACCGGAUGUGCGCUCACCCAUUAAGGUGAAGCACGUAAAUGGUAACGUGUCUGCUGAGGCUAAGAAGGAUGAUUCUGCGGCUACGGCUCCAAGCACAAUUGCUAGUCGAACUUCGACCUCGACCUCCAAGGCCGAGGAGGUGACCGAAACAAAGGCAGACGCUCACAAAGAAACAAAGAACGGCGCUUCUGACCCGACCAACACCCAGGCUUCUUCCUCCGCAUCUGGUCCUGAACAUCCUACCACCAUCAACGAUAGCGAGAACAUCCACAAAACCCCCAUGGUCUCAGGCCAUUCUGAUCAGCCCACCCCCAAGAACCAGGUCGAUGUUAAGGCUCGAUCAGUCGACAAGGUUUCAGCCGGAGUGAACGAGAAGCCCAAUGGUGUUUCAAGCAAGGGCGAUAUCAAAACUCUGUCUGACAACCAUCCACCUUCAAAGCCCAACAAAGGCCGGCCUCCUUCUGCUGUCCCACCGGGCCGAUACCAGAUGCCCCCUUCCUUUCAGCCUGCUGCUCGACCUAUGGGACCAAACGUGAACGGCGAUAUGCGUGGCCAUCGCGCUCCUCUGCCUAACGGUCCGCCUAUGCACCAGCCUCAUCACAGCAACGGCAGCAUCCAUUUCGGCGCUUUCCACGGUUCGACGAGCUCCUCUCCUGCUCCUCCAUCUGGUGGUAUUGCCCCUCCUCCCGGUAUGACAGGUCCUGAUGGUCGACCCUACAUGGCCCCUGGUGCCAACGGCUUCCCCCCUAUGAUGCCGUAUGGCGCAGAACAGGUUCCGGUUACUACUUUCGAUAACUACGGAAGACCUACUAUGGCUUAUGGACCGAUGGACUCUUUCCCUCCCUUCCCUAACAAUUUUGGCCCCCCAACCCCACACAGCUAUCAUGAUUCACAGGCAUCAGGUCCUCCCGACGAUGGCAGUGUCUACAACCAGUUUUCUUCAGCUCCAGCGCGAAAUGGCGUACCUGCUCCAGAGGAGACUCAGUCUCCCAACCAGCCAGGCAGAAUGUUUGGUGGUCCCGAGUAUCCGCGAAUGAUGCCGAAUGCCGGACCUCCCCCGCACAUGAUGUCUACAAUGGAUGGUGCUGAAGGUCUGAUUGGUCAUUUGGUGCAACAGUUUGGAUCUCCCGAAUUUGCUGAUUGCGUUUUGGAGCUUCGAUACGCGGAUGAAAGAACUCCUCCAGUUCGCAUUCCGGGUCACCGAGUCCUCUUUUCUCGCAGUGCCGAGCUCGCAAACGCCAUCGCUAAGCAGUCCCGACCUAACCCCAAUGUUCCAUCUCUUCCCACCAUCGUUCUCGAGACCAAGAGCAAAUGGAUUCGCUCCAACCCGUUUUAUAUGGCCGCUCACUGUCUUUACGGAUGGCCACUCUUGGACCCUACUGCUGAGGGCAUGAAGCAGGCUGCAGCUGAUUACAACCAGUUGAUUGACCGCUUCGAAUUUGCUCUUUCGUAUGCUGCAGCCGGCCAUCUCCUCCGCUGGGAUCCGGUCACGCGGCGUGGUUGCGAGGUUGCUGUGCAACUUCUGAACUGGCAGACCGUUGAGAAGGCCUUGGAGUUCGCCUUGGAGGAUCACCGAGACGAGGGGUCUUAUGAUGUGUUCAAGUACGGCGAUGGAUCUCGAGCUAUUCUCAACGAGAUCGUCUCUUUUAUCGCAAGCAACACCAGUCCUACUUUCAAGAUUGACACUUCAGUAACCGACCCGUCGAGCUAUGCUCGUCUUCCACAAACUGCCCUUACUAGUAACGCCACUACCCGCAAGCUCUCGCCCCCACCCAUUGCUCGAGGCACAUCCGUGCAUCUUGGCAAGGGCAAGGGGCGUCUCUCUCAGCAGAUUUCUGGUAUUCAGUUCGGCGACCUUUCUUUGACUGACGGCAAGGUCUCGCCAGCUUCGGAUGCUUCAGGCGGUUCACAGCAACGAACUCCUUUCAAUGCAGUGCUUUCUCGAAUUCUCCUUAAUCUUCCAUUCGAAACUCUUAAAGCACUGCUCGAGGCUGCAACUAACAAGGCCAACGGAUGGCCAAAUGCAGAGGCAGUUUACCGCGUGGUCAAAGACACAGUAGCUGAGAGAGAGCGACGUCGGCUUCAGAUCGUUGAACUGGUCAAGACCCACCAGGUCACAGCCUGGGCCGUCAUCACCCAACAGCUUUCCAGUCCUGAGCCGAGAUACGUCGGUCUCUGGAGUGCGCUGGGCUGGCGAGAGGAGAUUCUGCCUUUUGGACCUUCAGAGAGCCCAGCCCUUGGUCGCACUUGGGUUCCCUUCGUGGGCCCUCAAGCAAGCACUCAAGCAGCUUACCCCUAAGCAACCUGGUUCACGCUACAGAUUUUUCAAUUUGAUGAAUGAUAUUGUGGGUUAUGUUGAUGCUGGAUAAUCGGGAGGGCGAUAUGCAGAAACAUGGCAAACGAAGCUGAGACUGAUUUCUCAGUCUCUCGACAAAAGCUAGUACUUUUGAUUUCGGGAUGAAAAGGUGGCGUCCGUGAUCCUGCUUACUAGGGAGAGGAUAUGAUGCUCUUUGGAGAGUUUUGGUUGAUGAACGGCGUUGGGGGCAUGUCAACAUUGGUUGCUUUAAAGCGAGGAAUGUUUUUAACGAAUGGAAACUUCGGUGGGAGGCACAGGAAGGAAAAAGAAAACAAAAAGUAUUUAAUGAUUCCAUAUUGCUAGGACCGGUGGUUCAAUCUCACUUGUCCUGGGUCUGGCUGGCAUCAAUGGCCUGGAACUGGACCAGACUGGACUGGACUGAUAUGAAGGGGUUAUGAUGAAUGAUAGUGACUUUGGAAGUUAAAAAGGACGGUAGUUUCGGCAUCAAAUGGAGUAUGCGUCGUUAUGUCUCUCAUUUGAGAGAUAGCAUUAGGUAGCCUUUUUACGACUGGUUUGAUACCCCAGACUGACUUAUGCGUUCAAUGUGAAGUACCUUAUGACGAUAUGACUUUUUCAUGCGCAUAGUGG